UGGGAAGCGGUCGCAAUAUCAUCCUCCCAUUCUUCUUCUCAUUGCUCGCCGGCCAUAAUCCUCUCCUCUCCUCCCCUCUUCUUCCCACUCCAUUGGAAGAUCCGCCAUCGAAAUACAACCUUUUUGGUUUCGCAGCUCGCGAAAAGAUGGAGUUUGUCGCUUCUCUCGGACCAGGUAAUCAAUCCCAAAAGUGGCGCCUUGCUCUGUAGAAGUCGACGGUGAGGAAGAUUUCGAUUUGGGCGUUUUCUUCUCGUAAAGCUGCGAUCUUUGAGCGCCUGAUAGUCCAUUACCACCAAUCCGAGCUUCAAAUUUCCACCUUGCUGAUUUUAUGGUGAUCUCCGGAGGCGAAUUGUGAAAAGCAAAAGCCCCAACUUUUCUUCGUCGCUUAAAGAUGUACCGAUCCUUUUUGUCUCCAGGCAUUCGGUACCAAUUUCUGGAGGACAGCGAAGACGGGACGUUUGCGACGCCGCCGAAGAGGUCGUAUUGGAUAGCCGCCGUCGCGAACCCUAAUGCUAGAUCCACCACCGCUCCCGCCUCGAUUACCACUUCGAUUCCGGAAACCACCUUUCCCGUUAAAUUCGAGGACUUGUACGGGUUCACCGUGGAGGGCAACAUCGACGACGUAAAUGUGCUGAACGAGGUGAGGGAGAGGGUGCGGCGGCAGGGUAGGGUUUGGUGGGAGCUGGAGGCGAGCAAGGGGGUGAAUUGGUACCUGCAGCAGCCGCAGGUUUCCUGGAAUGGAGACGGCAUUAGGGUUUCCUCUCUGAAGCUCUCCAAGCUCACCAACACCUUCAUGUUGAACAAGCUCGUCCGAAAGGGGAUACCGCCGGUGCUGCGGCCGAAGGUGUGGCUUUCUGUGUCUGGCGCCGCCAAGAAGCGAUCCACCGUGCCAGAGAGCUAUUACGAUGAACUGAUCACGGCAACACAAGGGAAGGUCACGCCCGCCAUGCGACAAAUCGAUCAUGAUCUUCCACGGACAUUUCCGACUCAUCCAUGGUUGAACAGCCCCGAAGGUCAGGCAUCUCUUCGGCGGGUGCUUGUCGGGUAUUCAUUCAGAGAUUCAGAUGUUGGUUAUUGCCAGGGUCUAAAUUAUGUAGCUGCUUUGCUGUUGCUCGUAAUGAAAACCGAAGAAGAUGCCUUUUGGAUGCUUGCAGUCCUUCUGGAAAAUGUUCUGGUUAGUGAUUGCUACAACGAUAACCUUUCGGGAUGCCAUGUGGAGCAAAGGGUUUUCAGAGAUCUCCUUGCGAAAAAGUGUCCUAGGAUAGCUGCUCAUUUGGAAGCUAUGGGAUUUGAUGUCACUAUUGUGACCACUGAAUGGUUCCUAUGCCUCUUCGCAAAAAGCUUGCCUUCCGAGACAACUUUGCGGGUCUGGGAUGUGUUGUUCAACGAGGGAGCUAAGGUCCUUUUCCAUGUCGCCUUGGCCAUCUUUAAGAUGAAUGAAGAAGUAAUAUUGAAUGCUCAACAAAUUGGAGAGGUUAUUCAUAUUCUACAAAGUACCAUCCAUCACAUGUAUGACCCUGAUGAGUUGCUAAGGGUAGCUUUCGACAAAAUUGGGUCUAUGACUAGCAACACCAUCACAAAGGAAAGGAAGAAACAAGAGCCGGCGGUCAUAGCUGAGCUUGACCAGAGACUGCGACGACUCAAUACUCUGAAGACAAACGAGUGAUCACCAUUGGCAACAUACUUUUCAUUAAUGUCGAUGGGGUUGGUCAAUGCUACUCCGGAGAUGGUGCAAGGUUUCAUCCCUAUGUGCAAAGACCAAAACAAUUGAAAUGCCAAUUGAAUUUGUGACUUGUAGUUGAAAGGUGUAAAAUUUGUUCUCCGUUGUGAAUCGAAUGAAAUGAACUUCUCACAUAUGUUGGUGUUCUGUGACAGAUAAAGAGAAGUUAUAAUUACCGAAAUUUUGUUACAAAUAUUUAAGCCUCUGAAAGAG